GUGAUAAAGGCUAUCAGUGCAAACUGUUUCACUCGCACGGGAAGCGAAACAUAAGCGCUGAAUAUGUUAUUCGAAGUAGUCACUUCAAUUGUUUUAAUUUGCUUUAUUGCUUUAUUUUUACUACUAUGGAAAUUGGAUGGCGAUUUGACUUUAUGUUAUUAUGAUUAUUUGGAUGAUAUAGCGGGAAAGUUGAGGAAUAAAGUUGUGUGGAUAACUGGGGCAUCGAGUGGUCUUGGAGAAUAUUUGGCGUACGAGCUCUCCAAACAUGGCAGCAAGAUUGUUCUCUCGGGCACCAGUCAAGAGAGACUGAACAAAGUGAAAUCAAAAUGCAAAGAAAUGGGAUUAAAGGAAGAAGAUAUUCUUGUGCUGCCGUUCAAUAUGGCUGACUAUAAAGUACACGAAGAAUGCGUGCAGAAAGUUGUGCAAAAAUUUCAAAAGAUAGAUAUCCUCGUCAAUAAUGCCGGAAGAUCUCAGAGGGCGAAAUUUGAAGAAAUCGAUGUUCAAGUGGAUAAAGAUCUGUUCGAAAUCAAUGUCUUUGGCACACUCAAUCUCACAAGAAAAGUUUUGCCUCAUUUCAUUGCCAACGGAGGAGGACAAUUUGCCGUCACAAGCAGCUGCGUCGGCAAAAUGGGAGCUGCAUUCUCUGCAUCCUACACUGCUUCCAAGCAUGCACUUCAUGGUUACUUUGAGACCUUAAGGACAGAAAUGUCAGGAAAGAAUAUUGAUGUGACGAUGCUUUGCCCUGGUCCAAUAUUUUCACACUUUCUGGAGAAUGCUUUUACGGCAACACCUGGACAAAAAUUUAAUGAAUCGACGAAUCCGACCGACAGAAGAAUGCCAACAGAUAGAUGUGGUCGAUUGAUGGCAGUGGCCAUUGCUCAUAAACUGGAUGAAGCUUGGAUAUGCCAACUACCUAACCUCCUAUUAUUUUAUUUGGUUCAGUACACUCCGACAUUCUUCAGAAAGGUAAUAAUUGGAAAGCUGUAUACACCAGAACGAGCAGAAAAACUAAGAGAAGGAAGAUGGUGAACCCUAUUCACAGUUCAUUUUAACCCAUUUCAAAAGAUAUAAUAAUAAAAAUUAUUUUCAAUAUUGUAA